AGAUGUUAAUGAGAUGCUAAUGAGAUGCUAAUUGCAGGGUUCAUCACCAUGACGCCGCAGCUGUUCAUUAACUACAAGCUCCAAUCCGUCGCCCACCUGCCGUGGCGGAUGCUGAGCUACAAAGCGCUCAACACCUUCAUCGACGACCUGUUCGCAUUCGUCAUCAGGAUGCCCAUCAUGUACCGGAUUGGCUGCCUGAGGGACGACGUCGUGUUCUCCAUUGACCCCCAUUUCUCACCCCAUAGACGUCGUGUUCUCCAUUGACCCCCAUUUCUCACCCCAUAGACGUGUCGUGUUCUCGUCA